CGCACCACUUGCUUGCCUUUCCCGGCCAGUGCGAUUUCGCCAUCUAACUGUGAACUGUGCAGUGCAAUGACCGUGAACUUUAAUUGGUGAUGGACGGCUGAUCUGGAUAUAAGGUACUCAUCGUGAAAAUGCAGCCGUUCCAAUCCGCGACACGCCCCGAAGGCCCGAGGGAGUCCUCCCCCGAGAGGGCCAAGUCCCCCGACACGCCGACGGCGCCCGUGCUCAACUUCUCCAUCGCGCGCCUCAUGGAGCCCGACCGCAAGAAGUCUGUCUCACCGGAACCAAUACCUCAGCCGAAUUUUCUAUCAUAUGGUGCUCAUCUACUCGAUUCCGCGUUUAAGCAGUACAUUCCUGCAGCAAGGCGGCAGCUUGUUUCGCACUAUCCUCUGUUAUACUACGGACCAGAUCUCGUCUCUCUAACGUACGCCCAUCAGUUACACCUUCCCAGACCGCCACCGGUACAGUCUCCACCGCGGCCGCCUAGUCCAAGAGCUCCAGCGGCAGACCACGCAGUAUCUUCCACCACCGGGCCCACGCCGUCACCAGCGAAGAACAAAAGCUUUGCGUGCGGCGACUGCGGUAAGGUAUUCAAUGCACACUACAAUCUAACGAGACACAUGCCGGUCCACACAGGAGCUAGGCCGUUUGUAUGUAAAAUCUGUGGCAAAGGUUUCCGUCAAGCGUCUACAUUGUGUCGACAUAAAAUCAUACACACAUCAGAGAAACCACACAAAUGUAUGACGUGCGGUAAAGCUUUCAAUCGUUCUUCAACUCUAAAUACUCACGCUAGAAUCCACGCUGGCUACAAGCCGUUCGUCUGCGAGUUUUGCGGCAAAGGCUUUCAUCAAAAGGGCAACUAUAAGAACCAUAGACUGACGCAUAGCGGGGAGAAAGCCUACAAGUGCAAUAUAUGCAAUAAGGCAUUCCACCAGAUCUACAACCUGACCUUCCACAUGCACACACACAACGAGAGAAAGCCGUUUACGUGUAGCAUAUGUGCUAAAGGGUUCUGCAGGAACUUUGAUCUCAAGAAGCAUACAAGGAAGUUGCAUAUGGGUGCUGGUAAUUCUAACAACGAGUCGUCUCUCGACACGCAGGACGAGUCAACCCAGGAGGCGACUACUAGCGCGGGCGAGGAGACGAGCAGAGUGGCUUUCAGACCCUUUCUAAGCUCGUCGUACCCCCGGAUCCUCGAUCCCGCACGCAUGACUGCUCCCAAUACGUUUUUCUCGAAACUUUUGUGACCCGCGGGCUAUUUCAACUUUGGGGAGAGAAAUGAAUAAACGAAUUGAUCGUGGAUUUGAUUAUAGAUAUUUAUUGUUUGUACAUAAUAUACGUGUUUAGUUAAUUAUUGAUUUAGUUAAAUAUUUAUAUUGUAAAUAUAAUUUUACAUAGAAUAGACAUGUUAAAGUGAAUUUUAUCUAAGUGCGAAAAUAGGACACUACAAUUUGCCAUUUAUUUCGAUAAAUCUACCUUAUAGCCUGCGUAUUUGUAUAUAUAUCAAUGUUGUUCGAUAUUGGAAAUAAAAGUUUGCAAACAAAAUAGAUAACGAAAGUUUACGAUAUUACUUUUACAGGAUUGCAUAUUAGGUAAUUUAUAAAAUAAUUACUAUUACUAUUAAAUAAUAUAAUGCUGGGACCAUGCUAAGGUAGAGUUUCAUUAUUGUAAUAAUGCAUUAUGUAAAACAUUGUAUAAAAAAGUGUAUUUCAACUUUAGCGAUCAUUCAGUGUCUAAUGUAGUCCCAGCAUAACUUUAAUACUGUGAACAUUUCUUUAAAAAAUAUAAGAAGUAAAAGAAAAUAAUGCUUGCAAAUUAUAUAAUAAAUAGCCCAAUUUAAUAGACGUAAAUAUAUUAUAAUAAAUUAUGUAAAUUGAAUUAAAUUAAGCUCGAAGUACAUUCCAUAAUAUUAGCUAGAAUGUUGUAGGUAGGUAGUUGUAAAUAAUGUUAAACGUACAGAAACCGCAAUAUAAAUGUAUGUAUAUGAAGAUUAUAAUUAUUGAG